UAAAAAACAAAAGAAGAAUUGAAUCGUCAAAAAACGUCUCCUCUGAUAUGUCUGUCUAACAGAGUGGCUCAUAUCAGCAGCAACAGUAGCCCAGUAACACAGCAGCAGCAGCCUCUUCCUAUUUAUUACUCCUUUUCCUUUAAUUCUUUCUCUUUCAUUUUUCACAUCACACAGUUAUAUAAACAGAGACAGAAUAUUAUAUUAUAUUAUAUUAUAUCAUAUCAUAUCAGUAUGUGUAUCCCUUGUGCUAUUUAUAUAAAAGUGCAAACUUUUUCAGAUUAAUCUUUGGGAAAAAGAAAAGCCCAGAAAAAAAAAAGGCAAGACAAGGGUAGGAGAGGAGUAAUGGAUUAGCAUUGGCCACCUGGCUUUUUUCAUUUUCUAUUUUUCUUUUUUUUUUGAUUUCUUUCUCUGUCACAAUAUACAAAGCCACAAACAAAGAAACAUAUAUUUACACAAGCAUUCUUUCUUUCUUUGUUUGUUUCUCUUUCUUUCUCUUUCUGUGGGUUGGUGUUAUAGAAAAAUUCUCGAGAUUGGCGUCUGAGAUAAAGACCAUCAACUAGAGAGACUUUACAUAAAACCCUUCUCCCCCUCUUUCACUGUUUCAAAAACUUACAACUUUGCUCCUUUCAUUCAUUUUUCACUUGGGUUUUAAGAGAGAAAAGCCAGAUAUUUAGAGAGAGAGCUUUUGUGUGUGUGCUUCAGAGAGAGAGAAAACUUGAAUCAAGAGCAAGCUGAUGAAGGAGUGUGGAGGCUCUCUUGGUGAAGAGAGCCUACCCCGUGAGAAUAUAUUGAAGAACAAUACAAACGAAGAAGAAGAACAGUUGAUAACUCAAACUUUCUAAUUUAGCUCUGGUUUUGUAAAAGGGGUGGUAUUGUAUCGUUAGAUGGCUCUUGUGAUGCACAAGGAUUCACCAACAAAUAAUUGUUAUAAGCAAAUGGAUAAUAGUAAGUACGUGAGGUAUACACCGGAGCAGGUUGAGGCCUUGGAGAGGGUCUACUCGGAAUGUCCAAAGCCUAGCUCUUUAAGAAGACAGCAACUCAUUAGGGAGUGUCCUAUUCUCUCUAAUAUUGAACCAAAACAGAUUAAAGUUUGGUUUCAGAAUCGCAGAUGUCGCGAAAAGCAGAGGAAAGAAGCCUCUCGACUUCAGACAGUUAAUCGAAAACUGUCUGCUCUGAACAAGUUGUUGAUGGAAGAGAACGAUCGUUUACAAAAACAGGUCUCACAUUUGGUGUAUGAGAACGGAUUUAUGCGAAAUCAACUGCACACUGCAUCUGGGACGACCACAGACAAUAGUUGUGAGUCUGUGGUCAUGAAUGGUCAAAACCAACAACAACAAAACCCAACACCUCAGCAGCCCCAGAGGGAUGCUAACAACCCAGCUGGCCUCCUAGCUAUAGCAGAGGAGACCCUGGCAGAGUUCCUGUCUAAGGCAACUGGAACUGCUGUCGACUGGGUCCAGAUGAUUGGGAUGAAGCCUGGUCCGGAUUCUAUUGGUAUCGUUGCUGUUUCCCGCAACUGUAGUGGGGUAGCAGCACGAGCUUGCGGUCUUGUGAGCUUGGAGCCCACGAAGGUCGCUGAGAUUCUCAAAGAUCGUACAUCAUGGUAUCGCGACUGCCGUUGCGCUGAUGUAUUGAGUGUAAUUCCUACAGGAAAUGGUGGAACCAUUGAGCUUGUAUAUAUGCAGACGUAUGCACCUACAACAUUAGCAGCAGCUCGUGAUUUUUGGACACUGAGAUAUACAACUAGCUUGGAAGACAACAGUAUUGUGAUAUGCGAGAGGUCAUUGACUACUUCAACUGGUGGUCCGACUGGCCCUCCAUCUUCAUGUUUCGUAAGGGCAGAGGUGCUUCCUAGUGGAUACCUAAUCCGACCCUGUGAGGGUGGUGGCUCCAGUAUUCACAUUGUUGAUCAUGUCGAUUUAGACGCUUGGAGCGUUCCUGAAGUUCUCAGGCCACUCUACGAAUCAUCGAAAAUCCUUGCUCAGAAAAUGACUAUUGCUGCUUUGCGCCAUAUACGACAAAUCGCUCAAGAAGCUAGUGGAGAAAUACAGUAUGGUGGAGGCCGCCAACCUGCUGUCUUAAGGACAUUUAGUCAGAGACUCUGCAGGGGUUUCAACGAUGCAGUCAACGGGUUUACAGAUGAUGGGUGGUCGCUUUUAGGUAGUGACGGGGUUGAGGAUGUAACCAUUGUUGUCAACUCAUCUUCAAACAAGUUUCUCGGUUCCCAAUACAACGCAUCAAUGUUUCCAACUUUUGGAGGGGUGCUGUGUGCCAAGGCAUCGAUGCUACUUCAGAAUGUUCCUCCAGCUUUACUUGUUCAAUUUCUGAGGGAGCAUCGAUCUGAAUGGGCUGACUACGGUGUUGAUGCUUAUUCUGCUUCAUGUCUUAAACCCAGUCCUUAUGCAAUUCCUUGUGCAAGAUCUGGUGGAUUCCCUAGUAGCCAAGUCAACUUACAUCUCGCCCAUACUGUGGAAAACGAAGAGUUUCUUGAGGUGGUUCGGUUGGAGGGCCAGGCUUUCUCUCCCGAAGAGGUUGCUUUGGCACGGGAUAUGUACUUACUACAGCUUUGCAGUGGUGUUGAUGCAAAUGCAGUUGGUUCCUGUGCUCAGCUUGUUUUUGCACCCAUCGAUGAAUCCUUUGCUGAUGAAGCUCCAUUGUUACCAUCUGGUUUUCGUGUCAUUCCAUUGGAUCCAAAGGCGGAUACACCUGGUGCCACCCGAACACUGGAUUUGGCCUCUACUCUUGAAGUAGGAUCAGGUAGUGCCCGUCCAGCUAGUGAAGCCGACGCAAGUUACAAUCUCAGGUCAGUCCUGACUAUUGCCUUCCAAUUCACUUUCGAGAACCAUACACGAGACAAUGUGGCUGCUAUGGCUCGCCAGUACGUGCGCAGUGUUGUUGGGUCCGUUCAGCGGGUCGCAAUGGCAAUUGCUCCCUCUCAGCUUGGCUCACAGAUAGGACCAAAAGCCCUACCUCAAUCUCCCGAAGCGCUAACCUUGACACAGUGGAUUUGCCGAAGCUACAGGAUACACACUGGAGGAGAGCUUUUUCAAAUGGAUUCGCCGCCAUCUGGUGAUGCCAUUUUAAAGCGACUCUGGAACCAUUCCGACGCAAUAAUGUGCUGCUCUGUGAAAACCAAUGCGUCUCCCAUUUUCACCUUUGCAAACCAGGCUGGACUUGACAUGCUUGAAACAACUCUAGUUGCCCUCCAAGAUAUAAUGCUCGACAAGAUCCUUGACGAAGGCGGUCGGAAGAAUCUGUGCUCUGAGUUUUCCAAAAUCAUGCAGCAGGGUUUUGCUUAUCUACCAGCCGGUAUAUGCGUGUCGAGCAUGGGAAGGCCGGUGUCGUACGAGCAGGCUGUCGCGUGGAAAGUUCUGAACGAUGAGGACUCUAAUCAUUGCUUGGCAUUCAUGUUCAUGAAUUGGUCUUUUGUGUAAUGAUUGAAGAACAACACCUUGGCUUAUUAUAUAUUUAUCUAUUAUAAGUUAUAUAUUAUAUAGCCUACUACUUCUACUACUACAAAUAUAUAGUUAUGACUUAUGAACUGGAUUUAUUUCUAUGAAACUCCUCCUUCCCAUUCCAUUUCCUGUAUGUAACUUUAUAUUUUGGUUAAGUGGGGUAUCAGUUUAAUAUAAUAUGGAUAUUUCUUUC